GUUCUUAAGCGAUCGCCCACCGAACUUUGGUGAGGCAUUCUGAUACCCUGUACGGAGCACCAUGGGAACGAUCCUAGACUUUCAACUGAUCUCCGUCGGUCAGCCAUAGGAUCCCACCACUUUGUCAUAAGCGGUGGAGAUUCUCUGUUGAUGGAUUUGGUUUUACAUUUUGGGUAUAAACACGAUCGAAGCAACGGAUGAAUGGGCUGGGAGUUUAAAGAGAUUGGGGUAUGUGUGAGACUGUGCCACCACCAUCCAUUUUCUUUUGAUUAUCAUUCUUUUGUUCCACAUAUAAAGCUUCAAGCCUUUCUCUCCUCCUGAUAGCUCAACACUGAUCCACAAAUGCUCUUGUAGGCUCUCAGAUUUGUUUUCUUGAAGAGCUAAAUUUGAAAAUAAUCCAUUUCUGGGUUCAUGCUGUGGUUUAAUUUAUAGACUAGCAAGAUGAGGGGAGGUCUGUGGCAACUGGGGCAAUCGAUAACCCGCCGUCUUGCUCAGGCUGAUAAGAAAUCCGUGGGGCGUCGAUUCUUUGCUGCAGAGUCUGAGCUAAAAAAAACUGCUCUAUUUGAUUUCCAUGUUGCUCAUGGUGGAAAGAUGGUUCCAUUUGCUGGGUGGAGCAUGCCUAUUCAGUACAAGGAUUCGAUAAUGGAUUCAACUGUGAACUGCAGGCAAAAUGGUGGACUGUUUGAUGUUUCUCAUAUGUGUGGACUGAGCCUCAAGGGGAAGGACUCUAUCCCUUUCCUUGAAACACUUGUUAUUGCUGAUGUUGCUGGGCUUGCUCCUGGAACUGGAACACUUACUGUCUUUACCAACGAAAAAGGUGGAGCUAUCGACGAUUCGGUGAUCACCAAGGUGACCGAUGACCACUUAUACUUGGUUGUGAAUGCGGGGUGCAGAGACAAGGAUUUAGCUCACAUCGAGGAGCAUAUGAAGGCCUUCAAGGCGAAAGGCGGAGACGUCUCGUGGCAUAUUCAUGAUGAGAGAUCUCUUCUAGCACUCCAGGGCCCUCUUGCUGCACCAGUUCUACAACAUUUGACGAAAGACGAUCUGAGCAAGCUUUACUUCGGCGAGUUUCGCAUAUUGGAUAUCAAUGGAGCUCAUUGCUUCCUCACCAGGACAGGGUACACAGGUGAAGAUGGAUUUGAAAUCUCAGUGCCAUCAGAGCACGCACUGGAUCUUGCCAAAGCAAUCCUGGAGAAGUCAGAAGGGAAGGUGAGAUUGACAGGACUAGGUGCACGAGACAGUCUUCGACUCGAAGCAGGCCUGUGUUUAUAUGGCAAUGACAUGGAACAACACACAACGCCAGUCGAGGCAGGGCUAACAUGGGCCAUAGGAAAAAGAAGGAGAGCAGAAGGCGGUUUUCUCGGUGCCGAGGUGAUUCUGAAACAACUCGAAGAGGGUCCAGCAGUAAGGCGUGUCGGUUUCGUCUCGUCGGGGCCUCCUGCAAGAAGCCACAGUGAGAUUCAGAACGAGGAAGGGAAAAACAUUGGGGAAAUCACGAGUGGAGGAUUUAGCCCAAGCCUGAAGAAGAACAUUGCUAUGGGUUAUGUGAAAUCUGGAUCACACAAGGCUGGCACCAAAGUGAAGAUUGUUAUCAGAGGAAAGACCUACGAUGGUGCCGUCACUAAAAUGCCAUUUGUUCCUACAAAAUACUACAAGCCCACAUAAUUGUUCUUCAUGUUUACAAUGUUGUCCUGUCCACAACAUUUUUCUCAGAACUUCCUUGAUCAUAAAAAUGUAAUCUUGCAUUGAACCCGUUUACAUUACCCGCCUUGAAAAGUAUGAAGUUGACGAGUUUCAACAAUGCAUUUAA